AUGUCUUCCGUCUAUCAAACAGGGGGACGCCCAUUAUCCAAACAAGCGUUGUACCAGCAGAAGUUGAAGCAGGGCGUCUACAACUCGCCUGGCAGACCUUCGGUUGGUGUCAAUUCUAAUGCCUCGGACGCUGCAGCGUUAUUAGCAGCUUCGUCUGACUUGUCUGUAAAACCAUCCUACGAACGCUUGCAGGCUGCGCCUGAGGCGCAAACGGCAGCAUUGGCUGCUAAGAAGAACAAGAUACUGGCUUGGUCCAGAGACUCAACGGACCCGUACGCUGAUGCAGCUGCCGCCAAUGCCAAGGCAAAACCACGCGCAGCCGGCCCAGCCGUGGAGUUAGGAAUCCCAACAUACAAUAAGGGUUCCGUUUACAGACAAGCGGAACACAAUUCCACAUCUACUAUGACAUCGAGAACUACGCCUGAAAAGUCUGUAUCCAAGCACGGUUUGGCGUCGAAGUCAGCGUCAGCCGCACUUGAUAUGGGCAAAGUUUCGAGACUCGCUGACCAGAACUCUACCAAGCUGUUGAACUCUCGUUUCAACCCUGAACACGAUUACCGUUCAGGUCUUGUGGGUAAGCCCACGGAAUAUUUGAAUGCUAAUGAAGAAAAACUUGCUGCGCAAUCGGCGACCGCUUCUUUAUCUAUGAAACAUGGUGCUGGAUACACAGACUCUGUAUCAGCACAGAAGAGAACUUCCACUUUCCAGGCACAUGAAGUAGUCGAUGCAACUUUGAUUGCGGCGGCCAGUGCUGCCGCCAGCGAAAGAUUAAAGACUAUCCGCCUGACUGCUCCUGCCGAUUUGAAAGAGCAAGCUCUUGUUUAUUCCAAGGCAUUGUCUGCUGCACAAAAGAAUAGUGAAGAGAGGUUGAAGGCACACAAGGCUGGCAUGGUCGACUUGGGUGGAGGUUUACAUUUACCUAUUUCUGAGGUGGACAAGUUGGCAGGCUUGAUCGUGACUCCAGUUUUGGCAGACCUCGAGAGCAAGGCCGCUGCGCAAAGAGAGAUCGAUGCUGAGAAGGCUAGAAAACACGCAGAAUUGCAAAAGAAACACCAGGAGGCGAAGCAAGAAGAAUUGGCUCGCAAGGAGAGAGAGAGACAACAACAAGAGCAAGAAAAGAUGGAGCGUCUCAAUGCUCAUGAGGACAGGAAGCAAGGUGAAGAUGAAAAAUUCCUUGUGUACCAAGGUGAAAGAAACGAAGAGGUUGAAGGUAAGCGCACCGAGUUACGUGAAUUGCAAGAACAACAUGCCACCGAAAAAGAGGCUUUGUUGACUGAAAAGAAAGAGAACGAAGACCGCAUCACCGAGGAGGAAACAGGUUUGAUCAGCGGACGUAAGGAGGAGUUGGACAAAAUGCAAGCAGAGAGAGACGAGUUGUUGAAGCCCACGCUUGAUGAAUUGGCUGUUGAGUCUGCCAAGUUGAAGGAUUUGACCGACUCAAAGAACGCAUUGGCCGAUGAGGUUGCAUCCGCUGAAAAGUUAGGCGAGGAGUACGAGUCUAAGAUUGCAGAGUUGAAGAAGCAAUUAGAAGAAACCAAUCAACAAAUCGAGAAGUUCACCACAGAUCUUGAGGAUGUUACCGGUAAGCGUACUGCUACUGACAAGGAAGUGGAGGAGUUGCAAGCAUCUGCCGCAGAAAAGGAAAAGAACGCCGAGCAGGAGCACAAGGAGUUGGAUGAAAAGGUAGUUGCUUUGGAGAACGAGAAGAAGGAGAAUCUUGCCACUAAGGAGGCUCACAAAAAGAGCAUUUUGGCAGAGAUCGAUGACAAGGUCCUGGAUGAAAAGAAGAUCAAUAAGGAAUUACCGGAUCACUUGCAAUCGGAAGUUCCUGAGCACCGUUUCCGAGAUGUUGGUUCCCUCUUUACUGUGGAACUGAAGGCAAAAAAAGCAGAACCAAAGCUUCCAGAGCCAGCCAAGCCUGCUACUACUCAAGCAGUUGACGACAACAAGAGAGGAAUCCGCUCACGAUUCUCGAGCAUCAAAAAGGCUUUUAAGACUCCCGCAGCUAACCAGAAGCCAACAUCUGCUUCCAAGAAAGAACCCGUGACCGUUUCCUCUGCAUUGAAGGGACAUGAAACACACAGUGGGUCGAAAAGUAUCCCAGAGGCGGCAUCGGACGUGACCAACUUUGACGAUCUCUCGAUUAACCACACCAAAAAGGGAGGCGUGUUCAAGGAGGACAUUUAA